GACACCCGUUGGAGCGUGCUACCGUUAGAGGACAGGGCCAGUGAGAUGUCUUGUGGCCCAUCAUGCAGAACCAUCACGCUGGAGUGGUGCUAUCUCUCCCAUCUAUCAAUCUUGCUCUAGUCUUGAUUCCAAAGAAACUCAGCCCUCCGAGUCUAGAGCUUUGAAGACAACGGAUACAACUAUCAGUUCUCCUUUCCGCUUAAGAAUUUUCUCAAUCUCUGUAGUCACUGGAGCACCAUUUCUAUGCAGACCGACACUUCACCCAGACUACCUCAGACAAGCCAUGAACGCAGGCAUCACAGGUUAAUGUUCGAUGCGAAGAAAGUGCUGACCCUUUGGACCCUGCUAGGAGGUGCUGUUGCUGUUCUUCUUUGGGGGUUUUUCAGUUUUCCUAGAAAAUUUACAGUUACAAGAACAGCCAGAAACAAGACAUGUGACGACGAGGUAAAGCUGUGCCCUAAAGACUGGAACAAACUACGUCAGAACUGCUUCUCUCGUAUCCAACAUAAAAACUCGUGGCUUACUGCCAACGACACCUGCGAACUCCAUGAUGCAACUCUGGCUGUGUUCAUCGACAAAACUGAAGUGGAAAUUUUGAUGAAUCAAAUACAGGAGAUGAAAACAUAUUGGAUUGGACUGCACAGACAAAAUUUAUUAGGAAUCUGGGUUUGGACAAAUGGAAGUAAAUACAACAAUUUGAGCAUAGAGUCCCAGGCCAUGCUGCUUUUUAGAGGAGUGGAGUCACACAGCACCUCCCUAUCUGUGUCUGGAGGUUAAAUGUUGAUGGCUAGCAAAAGAACAGCAAGAGUUUGCAUGGGUUCCUCUCCACAGAGCACAUUUGAAUCGUGAUCACCAAAGUUUAGAUUCAUUCACUAUACAAGGCUGCGCUGGGUCUCAUAAAAGUCAUCCCUUUGUUUUCUUCCAGGCAUGAGAUCCAAGAUCAUGGUCAGUGUGCCUUCGUGCAUCAAAAGGGCAUAGACAGUACCAGUUGUGAGGAUCAAAAAGAAUUUAUUUGUACCAGAGAAGGCCAGUGCCCUUGAAGAUUUCUUCCAUCCAAAGGAACACGAAGAGCAGUGUCUCGUUUUGUCUGUGAUGUGUAUUCCUUUCCAUCGACAUCACUUUAAGUCUAAUUUGACUGACAAACAUGUACAUGAAUGUUAUCUUCAUUGAAAUAGUGACUACAAAGCCUAACAAUUAAACCAAGCUUGGCGUGGUACUGCUGCAUCAUCGAGGUUGGUGCAUUUGAAGCUAUGGCCAUGAAGGGCCUUGCUCAGAAGUGAUCCAUCUCAGUGGAGCACACGAGAGGGCAUAAAGAAUAAAGAGGAAAAUCCCUCUGCUUGUCCAAAAUUCAGUGACAUCUUCCAGAAGAAAAACAAGAGCUGCAGGACAGGGUGAGCACAAAAAAUGCUUUGUUUGCCCUCAAAUAAUACAUGAUUCACGUUGAACUGUGAAGGAAGGCAAAAGGGGAGAAACUAUUGUGACUGAAGUCCCAGUGUCACCAGUGAGGGCCAGGCAACUCGCCACAGGUCUCUGCCAAACUGAAAGACUUGAGGUAACCUGGAUUUGCUGUUGCCAUAGUUGCUGAAAGAGUAAAGGACACAAAUUUCGUGAUGAGUCGGUAUGAACAGAACGUGAGCACCCGGAAGUAGAGAGGAACAUGAAGAAAAGAAGCUUUGUGACCUUGAAGAAUCCAUGGAGGUUAGCCUAAAUUCCAAAAGCUGUUUCACUCAGAUUCUGGAUAACACCAAAAUGAUCUUGAAGAAAGGGAGGUAUAGACAUUAACGCUGGUCAUCAUUAAAAUAAAAAUCUCUUCAACUAC